GAAUCUUCGAUUUGGAAUACUGAAAAGAAGAUAAGACUUAUGGCUCUUCAGAUUCGAUUCUGGAUGUGUGUGUGGCCAUUAUCGUCCUCUUAGGAUGGGUCAUGAUGACAGAAGACUAUUUUAGGAAUUUUGCUAAUCUUGUUGCAACUGUUUUAGUGUAGUCGUCACUUACUUAGGUGAAGAGAAGUAGUGAAAAUGAUCAAAUUAAGAGAAGUCUCUUACGUUUUACAAAUUAUGCCGAGCUCCCUCUUAAUCCAAGUGACUGACUGACUAAUCAAGUUGCUGUUACACUGUUACUGUUUUGUUAUCUUUUGGUCAAAGUCUAUGUGAUCGUUUUUUGUUCUAGCUUUCCAUUGGUGUGAUCUGAAAAUAUAUAUAUCUACAGGGGAAGCAGCAAUUCGUAACUGUUGCAGAUGGGAAUGCACCACUACCUGUCAAGUAUCCAAGUUUCAAGCCACCUAAUUCGAGUUUUAGUGAUGGUGGCAAACAUUGUCCCAUUGAUGUUUUCCCACUUCUUGUCAAGGAGGCUGCUGCUUUCCCUUUGAAAGAAGACCCUGGCAUCGAUACUCCAUUGGUCCAAGACGUGUGUACUAUCUCUGUCUUACCUGAUGAAGGAAGCACAAUCCCGCAAUGUACCUCGCAGUUUACUCUCCUGAGCUUCGUCAAGGCCCUGCUUCCAUCUAAAAAUCAGAUGUUGAUCGAUGGUCAGCUGAACUGUCAGAAAACGCAGAACCGUAUCAAUGUGCUACUGGGAGGCACCGAUUCUUACCAAUCAUGCGUUGUGGACAUUAACGUCGAGAAAGGGAAUGGCGGUGAGACAGUGACAUCCCAUGACGGAGUUGUUGCAAGUAUGAAAUCUGAGAGUGUACACAUGCAAAAGGUAUUACAGAGACAAGCAAGCUUGAGCACUGUUGCAGAUAAAGCUAUCUCUGAGCGAUGCCAUGAUGCACCAACUAACAGAUGGAGAAGAUACAAGCGUGCCGCUUCAUUUGAUUCAAGAAAAAUCGUUAUCUUAUUCUCAAUCUUAUCAAGUGUGGGAACAUUGAUAUUGAUCUACUUGACAUUGAGAGUGAAGCAAAACGGAGACAACAACAGCUUCAAUCACAUGUAAACUGUAACAUCUCUUUUGACCAAGGGGUCGUCUCUGUUUUGAAUCUCUCUUUUCUAAAACUCGUCUUUUGUUCCAAGUUUCAUAAUGUCGAUAAUAACAAUUCCUCUGUGCAUAUCACUUGCAAAUGCGUAAGGCCUGA